AUGCUCAUCACACUUUCUACUCUCUCUUCAGGAAUGAUUAUUGCAGCCAUCACUGUGCUCAUCCUCUUCGUGAAGUUCAGCAUCAACACCUUUCACCUGGAGAACACGCCCUGGCACACCGGCAAGCACCUACGCUCCUUCGUCAAUUUUAUCAUAAUCGGCGUCACUGUGCUCGUCGUGGCUGUGCCAGAGGGGCUACCAUUGGCGGUCACUAUUUCAUUGGCCUACUCCGUGAAAAAGAUGAUGCGUGAUAAUAAUCUCGUACGCCAUCUGGAUGCCUGCGAAACGAUGGGCAACGCAACUGCUAUUUGUUCGGAUAAGACAGGCACACUGACUACUAAUCGGAUGACAGUAGUGCAGAGCUUUCUUGGCGGCCAGUAUGUCAACGACGCAACUCAACUGCCAAUGCUACGAGAUCUGAAUCAUGUAGUGGGACACCGCUUAAUUCACUGCAUCUCUAUCAAUAGCAGCUACACCUCGCGUGUUGUGGUAUCAGAACGCGGUAAUGAACUCCCUCAACAGCUGGGAAAUAAAACAGAAUGUGCCCUCCUCGGCUUCGUUCAGCAUCUCGGCGCCAGUUACGAGGACAUCCGAGCCCAGUGGCCCGAGGAGUCGUUGGUUAAGGUUUUCACUUUUAACUCAGUGCGCAAGUCGAUGAGCACCGUGAUUCGUAACCUGGAGCCUGGCCGUCAGGGCUACUCUGUCUUCACGAAGGGCGCCUCCGAGAUGGUGCUAAAAAAGUAUCUCGCCUCAUUUUCCCCCACUGAGUAG